AGCAUGAUGACCGUGUUAGCUUCCCUCAAAGAAGAAAAAAGGGCCGAGGUCCUUUCCGGUGGAAGUAUGGUGAUGGGAACCGUCGGUCUGGAAGAGGCAGCUCCAGUGUUCGGCCUUCCCGGCUUGAGGAAGAUGACGGUGAUGUGGCUAUGAGUGAAGCCCAGGAUGGUCCCCGAGUACGAUACAACCCCUACACCUCUCGACCUAACCGACGGGGUGAUUCCUGGCAUGAUAGAGAGCGAAUACAUGUUACUGUACGGAGAGACAGAGCCCCUCCAGAGAGAGGAGGGGCUGGUACCAGCCAGGAUGGGACCUCCAAGAACUGGUUUAAAAUUACAAUUCCUUAUGGCAGAAAAUAUGAGAAGUCGUGGCUUCUGAGCAUGAUUCAGAGCAAAUGCAGCAUCCCUUUCACUCCUGUGGAGUUUCACUAUGAGAACACACGGGCACAGUUUUUUGUGGAGGAUGCCAGCACUGCCUCUGCAUUAAAGGCUGUGAACUACAAGAUUGUAGACCGGGACAACCGUAGGAUCUCUAUCAUCAUCAACGCCUCUGCCCCACCCCACACUGUACAGAAUGAACUGAAGCCAGAACAGGUGGAGCAGUUAAAGCUGGUCAUGAGUAAGCGUUAUGAUGGCUCCCAGCAGGCGCUUGACCUCAAGGGGCUGCGUUCAGACCCAGAUUUGGUGGCUCAGAAUAUUGAUGUUGUGCUGAAUCGUCGAAGCUGUAUGGCAGCAACUCUACGAAUCAUUGAGGAGAACAUCCCUGAGCUAUUGUCCUUGAACUUGAGCAGUAAUAGGCUGUACAAACUGGAUGACAUGUCUGGCAUCGUGCAGAAGGCGCCCAGCCUGAAGAUCCUCAACCUCUCUGGAAAUGAAUUAAAAUCUGACCGGGAGUUGGACAAGAUAAAAGGGCUGAAACUGGAGGAGCUAUGGCUUGAUGGGAAUACCCUGUGUGACACCUUCCAGGACCAGUCCACCUACAUCAGCGCUGUUCGGGAACGAUUUCCCAAGUUACUCCGCCUGGAUGGCCAUGAGUUACCCCCGCCAAUUGCCUUUGAUGUGGAAGCCCCUACAGUGUUGCCCCCCUGCAAGGGCAGCUACUUUGGCACAGAGAACCUGAAGAGUCUAGUCCUGCACUUCCUGCAGCAGUACUAUGCAAUUUAUGACUCUGGGGACCGGCAGGGUCUCCUGGACGCCUACCAUGACGGAGCCUGCUGCUCGCUGAGCAUCCCCUUCGUACCCCAGAACCCUGCACGGAGCAAUUUGACAGAGUACUGCAAAGACAGCAGAAAUGUAAAGAAACUUAAAGAUCCUACCUUGCGGUUCCGGCUGCUGAAGCACACACGGCUGAACGUUGUUGCCUUCCUCAAUGAGUUGCCCAGAACUCAGCAUGACAUCAAUUCCUUCGUGAUAGACAUAAGCGCCCAGACAAGCACACUGCUGUGCUUUUGUGUCAAUGGAGUCUUCAAAGAAGUAGAUGGAAAGGCUCGUGAUUCUCUGCGUGCCUUCACCAGGACGUUCAUCGCUGUUCCUGCAAGCAGUUCAGGGCUGUGUAUUGUAAAUGAUGAGCUAUUUGUACGGAAUGCCAGCCCUGAAGAAGUACAAAGAGCCUUUGCCAUGCCUGCGCCCACACCUUCCUCCAGCCCGGUGCCCACCCUCUCCCCUGAGCAGCAGGAAAUGUUGCAGACAUUCUCUACCCAGUCUGGCAUGAACCUCGAGUGGUCCCAGAAAUGCCUGCAGGACAACAACUGGGACUUUAACAGGGCUGCCCAGGCCUUCACUCAUCUCAAGGCCAAGGGCGAGAUCCCAGAAGUGGCGUUCCUGAAGUGACUGCGAGGCGGCGCUGUAAAUAGCCCCAGGACGCGGCUGCCAGGGGCGGGGCGCGGAGGGUGCCAGCCGCGCCGGCUCGCCCGCCCUGGAGACCCCUGCGGCGCGGCCGCGGCGGCGCCAGGAGCCGGCGCUCGUGUGCGGACUGACACUAAACUACCCAAGGACUAGGUGCUUCGUGUAUUACCCCAGGACCCCUACUUUUUAAGAUAAAAGUGUGAUACUGUGA